AUGCUUCCCAAACCUGAUACUAACCUAGUCGUCCUUGAGCGCAGAGCUGUCGCCGGCUCAGUCGACAUGCCAGCGGCCGAUUUCAGUAUGCUACAAUCCGAAUUUACCGCCUUCAGCACCUGGAUGAAUUCCUGGUUCAGUUCGACGGAGUCGAUGCAGCAACUGAAUCAAGAACUUCAGAAUCAUAACGGGUUUGUCAACGCGUGGUUAGAAUCCGCGUUGAGCGGCUCAGCUGCACCGGCACUUCCUCCGGCUGUACCUGUCUCACGCCGAACAGACUCCGGAUCUGUAGAGAUCUCUCAGGCUCAACUGAAUUUGCUUCAAUCGGAAACUACCACUUUCAUUUCGUGGAUGGGUGCUUCCACCAACUCAUCGAUGGCUAAUACCGAUGCCAUUAAAUCUCAGAUCAAGACCGAGUUCCAAGCUUACCAAGGAUGGGUGACUGCUUGGUUAGCUGCUGCGACACCAAACGGCGCAUCUGCUUCUGCAGCCCCGUCUAGCCCCACCCCAUCAGCACCGGCCUCGACCCCAGUUACUGGUCCUGAAUCCCCGAGCUCUGCUGUGACUGUCGUUUCUCCUACGCCAUCACCGGCCUCCACACCAUCAUCUUCAUCUUCAAGUGUUGCAGCAGUCGGGUCAGGUGCUGCAGCUCCCGCAGCUACUCCAGCCUCAUCCCCAGCAUCAAGUGGUUCUUUCAACGCUAAGGCGAAAGAUAACGUGGCAGUCUACUACGGUCAAUCGCCCGCUACCAGUCAAGUCACGCUGGCGAAAUUGUGCUCCGACGAUAGUAUUAAUAUAGUCAUUCUAGCUUUCUUGAGUGAAUUCUUCAGCGCUGGUGGAUUGCCGACAAUGGAUUUCGGACCCGCUUGUGGGGGGCAGAGCUCUCAGAUGGAAGCUAAGGGCGCCACCGGCAUGUUGGAGUGUGGACAAAUGGCUACAGAUAUUGCUACCUGUCAGAGUUCCGGGAAGAAGGUCCUCCUGAGUUUAGGCGGCGCUACUGCGCAAACAGCCUUCACGGGCGAUGAUCAGGCGAAGACGUUCGCAUCUACGCUUUGGAACCUCUUUGGUGCUGGGACGGGCUUGGAUGCAGCUCUACGGCCGUUUGGAAAAACCACAAUCGAUGGUUUUGACGUUGACAAUGAGGAUAAAGACCAAACAGGCUAUGUCGCCUUUGUCCAGGCUCUCCGCACCCAGUUCGCCACAGAUAAGUCGAAACAGUACUACAUCAGCGCUGCCCCACAGUGUCCCCUUCCAGAUGCUUCCAUCCCCGUGGGAGCUAUGCAGCUCAUGGACUUCGUAUGGGUUCAGUUCUACAACAACGGCGUUUGCGACAUUGGCCAAUCCGGCUUCGUUGACAGCUUCACUGCCUGGAGUAAAAACAUAGCGGGGGGCCCUCAAUUAUACAUAGGCGCCCCUGCCUGCACGGCUUGCGCUGGCACCGGAUAUUUAGCUCCAGAGGCGGUGACGUCGGCCAUCAAGAGCGCUACGGCGGCCAACGUGCCCAACAUGGGUGGAGUCAUGCUCUGGGAUGGAUCUGAGGGGAUGACCAACACGGCCGGCGGACAGAAUUACAACCAGGUUGUAAAGGCGGCGCUUGGAUGA